AACAGCAGAUUCAGCAUGACCUCCUGCCCGGCGGCGCUGUCGCUCUUCCACAUGCAGUACAGAGUCCCGGCUAUCCAGGGGAUGCCGUGCCCGGAGAUCUCAAUCAUCUUCAUCAGCGGCCGGACGCUGCCCCAGGAGGAAUCCUCCUCGGCACACACUCCGAGCCGCUUGGACAUCCACAGGUCGACAGCGAGCAGGGACCUCAACGCGAUCCCCGCGAACGACGGGUUCAGCCGCAUGCAGUCCUCCUCCCGGAGCUGCUGCUGUGGGCCGGUGGCUGAGGCGCAGGACGAGCUGGAGCCGCGCCGCCGGGUCGGGCUCUCGGAGGCUCCGAGCCGGGCCGAGGUCGGGUCCGAACCCUGCCUCUGCAGCAAGUGCGGGGGCGGGGUUCGGUACAGAGACCGCCCGACGUUGUUUUUUGCUUUUGGUGAAGGCAUGUCCUGCCGUCGCUCGCUGUACCGCAGCCCUGUCUGCGAUGGAACAGAAAACCGGAUCACCCUACUUCAUUGCUUCCCAGGUGAGCGCAUCUCACUGCGGAUUCGUGACCACGGCGUUGCCUUCCUGUUACAACCAAGCGUGGGCGCACUGGCUAGGAGUGGGGCACAGCGGGACCACGUCACUGUGAGGGCACGCUCGGCCUCAAAUAGGAAUGCAGCAAAGCUACUGGUUGAGUGGUUCUGUCAGCCCAUCCCGUCCAAAUCACUCGACUGGACACAAACAAUGAUUCUUACUUACAUACAUACAUACGGGUCCAAGGCAAAACAAGUCUGUUUUGAAGUCUAUUUUUGCGCCUCAUUUGCAGAGCACGCCGAGUCUCCUCCCGUUGACUCCUAUUGGUUGCGCUGUGGUCCGCCUGUGUGCCCCAGUCUGCGCGCAGCAGAGUUCUUCUGUCCUCUAAACCGGUUUGACUGCACCAUGCCGGGGCUACUGCUCGGAGACGUGUUUCCCAAUUUCGAGGCUGACACCACCAUCGGGAAGAUACAAUUCCACGACUUUCUCGGCGAUUCGUGGGGUAUCCUGUUCUCUCACCCCCGAGACUUCACCCCAGUGUGCACCACAGAGCUGGGUCGUGCUGCCAAGCUGUCAGGAGAGUUUGCGAGGCGCAGUGUGAAGAUGAUCGCUCUGUCCAUCGACAGUGUGCAGGACCACUUGGCCUGGAGCAAGGACAUCAUCGCUUAUAACGGAGAGGCUCCCGGCUCCACGCUUCCUUUCCCGAUCAUCGCCGAUGAGAAGCGGGAGCUGGCGGUCCAGCUGGGAAUGCUGGACCCCGAUGAGAAGGACAAGGACGGCAUUCCGCUGACCGCUCGCUGUGUGUUUGUCAUUGGCUCUGACAAGAAGCUGAAGCUGUCGAUUCUCUACCCUGCCACCACGGGGCGUAAUUUCGACGAGAUCCUGCGCGCGGUGGACUCUCUGCAGCUGACUGCGCAGAAGCGUGUGGCCACGCCCGUGGACUGGAAGCUUGGUGACAGCUGCAUGGUGCUUCCCAAUAUUUCCGAGGACGAGGCCGCCAAGCUGUUUCCUGCCGGCGUUUUCACCAAGGACUUGCCAUCAGGGAAGAAGUACCUGCGAUACACCCCGCAGCCAUGAGGGGGCGUCGGGGCUGCCUUAUGACAGAGCUGGACUCCUGACAACCUGCUGAGAGAGAAAGAGAGAGGGGUGGGCAGGGCAGGACAGGGAGUACAUCACUACAGAGAGAGUUCAGAUACAUCCCUACAGACUACUACUUCUCUUCCUUACCAGUCCUUUUCCAUUCUCUCUCACCUAUCUGUCAGGUGCGGACGGUGCGUUCUGGACAAUCAAGCUGAACUCUAUAUUCCUCUUUGCCUUUCCACAGGAUGUGCACUAGGUAGGACUGUCUUGAUAUUUGUUGCUCUGCAAAUGAACAUCAUUUCAGUUUUGAA